CCUUGGCCUGGUGAACAUGAAUCGGAUACAUCCUGUUGACUUUGAUUAUUUCUAUAGAAGGCAACUUUGUGACCGUUGAGAUGGAUGAUUUAGCCAAGUAAGUCGGGAAUAGUGGGUAUCUAGGUAGAUAAUUGUAGUUUAAGUACAUAUCCAGGUAGUCAAGUAGAUAUGUGAAUGAAUUAUCGCCGGGUAACUCCGGGGAAAGCUGGAAGGCAGCAAACGGAGGCGAAGGACGACAAUCGUAUUUACCCGUGCCGUACGAGAAGCAACAUGAACGAAUGCAAAGGCGAGACAAGCCUUCUCUAAUAUAUUCAUACCCGAAUUCCAGCAACCCCCAAGACAAGACACUACAGUGGAAUCCCAGCACGUAUAUACUUAUCAGGCCUUACCAUAUCGCUAUCAGCAAAUCGCCGAGGAGCAGCCACAACGCACUAGUCGCGUCAUCCAAGGACUCCUCUACGCAGACACAGAGAGCUCCUGCAUCUCUGACCAGCAAGCACUAGCUGCACCUGCACCUCCCCCAGCCCUCCCCUUCAAUGUCCUCGACACAAGGCGACAGGAAACGCAAGCAUCCGCCCGCAAAAACCAUCAAAGAGCUCUUCAGCACCCAACAAAAGCCAAACUCGUCCGCCACAGCUCCCCUCUCGCCAUCGAGCAAACGCGCGAAGCUCGACAGCCCCCGAAGAGAAGCCAUAGCCGCAUCAACACCCCCGCCGCUCAUAUCCCCGACCAUGAGCACCGCAAACAUGUACCAUUUUCCCAGCAAGAGAGGGAGUGUGCCCGCGGCUGCUCAAGUAGUUGAUAUCAGCUCGAGUCCGCCGACGGCUGGCAGCCCCGCCCGGUCGUCUGCUGCUGCUACGGGGCUCCCCCGCAAUGGCUUGAAGAAGACGGCAGGUCCGAAUACGCACGCAAACUCGGGACCCAAGAAGCUCAUGGUUAAAAACUUCCGACCGAUUCGCAAGGUCGAUCCCAAUGUCUUCCUCGAUCAGACGUGGCAAAAGGUGGACGCGGCACUCGACACUAUUUUCAAGCAGGAUGAGAUCGACUUUAGUCUGGAAGAGCUAUACAGGGGUAUUGAGAAUGUGUGUCGUCAAGGGCUAGCUCGUGAUGCCAAGGACAGGCUGGUGAAGAAGUGCGGUGCGUUUGUUGCUGGGGCUCUGCGGGAGCGAGUGAUGGAGGUGUCUGGGCGGGCAAAUGUGGAUGUGUUGCGAGCAACGCUGUCGGCUUGGGCAACAUGGAAUGAGCAGAUGAAAUACUUGGACUGGAUCUUCUGCUACCUCGACCGUUCCUAUCUCCUACCUCGGCAGGAGUCCCUUCGUGAUAUUGCUGUUGAUCUGUUCAGAACCUCCAUCUUCGACCAUGCGAAACUCAACCGAAAAAUCGUGGACGGUGCUUGCGACCUCAUUGCUGUGGAUCGAGCAGGGGACGUCCUGGAUCGGGACAUGUUUUCCAAGGCCAUCAGUAUGUUCCAUGAUAUCAGAGUAUACACGAAUCACUUUGAGCCACGUAUGCUGGAGCUCAGUCAGACAUAUGUCGUCCAUUGGUCAGACACGGCAAGUGCAGAGAAGUCGCUGCCUGAAUAUGUCAAGAGCGCAAUCGCUCUCAUGGAGAGUGAAUUAGCGAGAGUUUCGAUGUUCAGGUUGGAUGGAACAACCAGGAGGGAUCUGCUUACGUUGUUGGAAGAUCACUUGAUAUCCAAGAAAGAGGAACGAUUAGUGAACCAAGAUGAUCUUGCAGAUCUGCUCGAUGACAACGCUGUAUCAGAUUUGAAGUUACUAUUUGGACUUCUGGAAAAUCGGAAACUCGGGGCAAAAUUGCGACCGGCAUUUGUGAGGUGGAUCGAAGAUACUGGAACCGAGAUCGUCUUCAACGAGAAAGAACAAGAUUUGAUGGUAGUCAAGUUGCUGACUCUCAAACGGCAACUUGACACAAUCUGGAAAGUCUCGUUCCUUCGCAACGAUGACCUUGGGCAUGGUCUGCGUGAAUCGUUCGAGGCAUUUAUGAACAAGACGAAGAAGUCAAGUACGACGUGGAACACGGACAACUCCAAACCGGGCGAAAUGAUUGCCAAAUAUGUUGAUAUGCUGCUAAGAGGUGGCGCCAAAGCUAUUCCCGCCCAGUUGAGUAGGAAGGCGGGAAAGCCCGCUGUGUUGGCGGCUGAAGAUGAGGAUCAUGAUGAUCUCGCAAUUGACGAAGAUACUGAAGUCAACAUUCAGCUUGAUCAGGUUUUGGAUCUUUUCAGAUUCGUUCACGGGAAGGCGGUGUUCGAGGCUUUCUAUAAGAAAGACCUCGCCCGUAGAUUGUUGAUGGGAAGAAGUGCCAGCGCCGAUGCAGAGAGAAGUAUGCUGGCGCGACUAAAGACAGAAUGCGGUGCAGGAUUUACCGCCAACCUUGAGCAGAUGUUUAAGGACAUCGAGCUAUCGCGUGACGAGGGAACUUCGUACAAAGCGAUUGCCGAGGAACGUAAUGAGAAGCAUGAUGUUGACCUAAACGUUAGCGUUCUCUCAGCUUCUGCAUGGCCUACCUACCCCACCGUUUCUGUCAUCAUUCCUCCUCAAAUCAAGUCAGAGAUUGACAAGUUCGAAGCCCAUUACAAGCUGAAGCACUCUGGCAGGAAACUGGAAUGGAAACACGCACUGGCACAUUGUCAAGUGAAGGCCAGAUUUCCUAGCGGACAAAAAGAACUUAUAGUCUCGUCUUUCCAAGCAAUCGUGCUCCUACUAUUCAACGAAGUCAAGACCGGCGAGCAUAUAGACUACAACUACCUCAAAGAAGCCACCGGACUGCCUUCCGCUGAACUCGAACGCACCCUCCAAUCGCUCGCCUGUGCUAGAAUCCGCCCUCUAACCAAACACCCCAAAUCUAAAGAGAUCGCGCCUACAGACACCUUCACAUUCAACGCAAACUUCACAGACCCGCGCACGCGCAUCAAAGUCAACACAGUCCAGCUCAAAGAAACCGCCGCCGAGAACAAGGAAACCCACGAGCGCGUCGCCGCUGACCGCAACUACGAGACCCAGGCCGCCAUUGUGCGCAUCCUCAAGGCCCGCAAGAAUAUCAAGCACGCGGAGCUCGUUGCUGAGACCAUCAGGGUCACCAAGAGUAGGGGUACCUUGGAUGUUGCAGGGAUCAAGCGGAACAUCGACAAGUUGAUUGAAAAGGAAUUUUUGGAGCGCGAGGAUGAUGGGAGCUAUAGCUAUGUUGCUUAGUUGGUUGGUGGGUGGAGUAUAAAUGCGGGAAUGGAUCCAGUGGGUUUUGACCAUGAGAUGGAAGGAUGGAGGGAUGGAGAGAAGUCACUUUAUAUAUCCACCUUCACUCGUGGUUACCAUGUCCCAAUUUUCAAUUUCCUGGUCUUCUUGGGUCUUUUUGGUUCUCUUCUUGUUGAGGGGGUCUGCUUUCCCUUCCACUGGUCUGCCACUUCUUUGCGCUUGUCAAGAUCUGGGAGCGGUCGCGGUUUGAAUGUCUGGUAUCCAAUGUACGAGCGGAAGAUCAAACGACGGAUUGGU